AUCGGAGAGGGAGAAAAGCUGUCUACAAUGACUUCAUCGCAUCCAUGUCGCCUUUUUUCUCUUAAAGAUAUUAAAUCUGUAACCAAUAACUUUGAUGAUGAACUGGUUAUUGGAGAGGGGGGAUUCGGAAAGGUAUAUAAAGGUCAAAUGUCUAGUGAAGAUGAUGGUCAUGUUGUGGCCAUUAAACGGCUGGAUUCUAUGUCCGACCAAGGGGAGCUUGAGUUUAGAGCGGAAAUCGACAUGCUUUCUAAGUUGCGUCACUGUCACUUGGUGUCUCUCAUCGGUUAUUGUCAUGAAAAGAAGGAGAUGAUCCUUGUUUACGACUUUAUGCCGAAUGGAACCCUUUACCAACAUCUACACAAAGCAGAUAGUGCUCCUUUAAGUUGGUUGAGACGGCUCAAGAUAGCGAUAGGUGCUGCACGUGGUUUGGACUACCUACACACUGGUGUAGGCACCCAACAUGGAGUCAUACAUCGAGAUGUGAAAAGUUCAAACAUUCUUUUAGAUGAGAGCUGGGCGGCUAUGAUUUCGGAUUUUGGGUUGUCGAAAAUUGGCCCAACCAAUCAAUUGAUAUCUUACGUUGAUGCAAGUGUGAAAGGCACAUUCGGGUAUCUUGAUCCAGAGUAUUUCUAUACUAGAAAAUUAACAAGGAAAACAGAUGUGUACGCAUUUGGAGUCGUAUUAUUUGAAUUGAUAUCUGGAAGGCUUCCAGUAGACGAACGCUAUGGGGAGGACCAAUGUAGUUUGGUAAGGUGGGCUCAAAAGUGCGUUAAAGAAAGAAAAUUAGAUCAGAUGGUUGAUUUUAGUAUCAAGGGAACAAUUUCUCCCAAAUGUUUAAAACGGUUCAUUCACAUUGCACAUCGUUGUGUGCAUAGUGUUUUGAAAGAACGACCUACCAUGACCGAGGUAGUGGCCUCACUUCAGGCUUUAUUAGAACUACAGGAGAAAUCUAACCAAUCUUCUGAGUCAUCAGGCAUAAUGGGUUUAACUUGGAAGCUGCCUAAAUAUUUUUCUUUAAACUCUGACCAAAGUGGAUCAAGUUCACUAAAGAGGCUUGAAAACAACAUGAAUCAGCCUGAGGAGUUGGCAACCAGAGAUGUAAAAAAGUUCACUUAUGAUGAAUUGAAACUUUCUACAAGGAACUUUGUAAAUGACACAUUCUUGGGUGAUGCUAUUUAUGGAAAGGUUUACAAAGGUUGGGUUGAUAAUUCUGAAUUGCCCAUAACAGUUAAGAAACUUAACCGCUACACACAUUUUGAUCUGGGAAUGUUGCAAGAAUUUCAUCAUCCCAACCUUGUUAAGUUCAUAGGAUACUGCUUGGAAGGUAAACAACUCUUCCUUGUCUAUGAAUUCAUGCGUAAAGGAAACUUUGAGGAUCUUCUUCGCAGCGGAGAUGUUGCAGAACUUCCAUUGGUUACAAAGGUGAAGAUCAUAGUAGGAAUUGCUUGAGGGAUCGUUUUCUUGCAAGCACCACAAUUUAACCCAAAGUCGCAGAAUGGAGCAAGUGGUUCGCAACUUUAUAGACAUAAGAUAUUGCUGGAUGAGGAUUUUACUGCAAAGCUUUCAGAUUAUGGCAUUAGUUUGUUAGUAGAAGGUUACUAUGGCAUGGCCUUUCCAGAUAUUGAUGGGGUGGAAUUAGUGCUAAGGUGCAAUCUCUCUGGUUAUAAAGUAAUAUUCGCGGAGGUCUUGACAGGGGAACGUAUAGACAAUUCAUUUAGAAAGUCGAAGAUUAAUCGUUUGUUCAGUGUAUGUGGAAGAGAGUCCCUGGAUCAUUUUGCAGAGUUAUGUUUUAAAAUCUGCAAUGAAGUGGAUUCAGAAUCAAAGAUGCUAACAAUGUUGAAGGACCAUGACAGCUUGAUAAGAACCAGAUUGAAGAGCUGGUUGAGUGAUGGCUGAUGGAUAUAGAUAGGAUUGUUAAUGUGUAUGUAACCUGUCAAUUUAUGUCAUGUUAUGGGUCAACACACUUAUCUAUCAGUUCAAGAGGCCGACCUACUUUGAUAGAAUGGGUUGAUUCUUAUAAAUUGGAGAAUGCUUCAUUAGUAGAACUGGGUUGAUCUAUUUUAAUACCAAGAAUAUUGACCCAUCUAAGGGGAUUCCAUUUUAA